CGCAAUUCCUAUUCUUCACCGCUGUUUGUUUCAUCGAAUUUCUGAUUUAUAUUAUUUAUUCAUGUAAUAUUGUCAUCGAAUCGAUAAUUUAUAUUUGCAUUUUAUUUUCUCUGAAUAUUUAGAGAAAUCGUCCAGAAACGUUUUCUCAGCAACCAAACCGAGAAUUAGGGUUUCCAUCGAAUAGCUUUGAAGCAAUUACGCAUUUGGGAAGUCAGAAUUUUGAUCCCAUUGAAAUUGAAACGGAGAAAUUUCAACUGAUCCGAUUAUCUGUAAUUUCUUGUUGCAUUUGGCAGUUGAGAGAUUGUAGGAAUUAGUAGAAAAGGUUGUGCUUUUUUGUUUUGGUGCUUGGUUAUGUGAAGAAUACAAUACAAAAAUAAUGUGAAAAAGAGAGUAAAAUUUUGGUAACUUCAGUGGGAUAAUAGUGUCAUUUGGUACGCAAAGUUUUUUCGGGAACAGAAGUGAUCUCCACACAUCCCAUUUCUUUCCAUGCGCACACUUAAUGAGAAUCGAGGGACAUAAAUAAACUUUGAUGUGCAACGGGGAAAAGAAGUGUGCGGAAAUCAUUUUUCUUUCAGGAUUCCAUGGAAUUAAAGUUUAAAAUUGCCAUGGUUAAAACAUUUUAGCAGCCUAAGAAUUUUUUUUUUACUAUUUCCUUUGGAGUUGUAAGGCUGAAAGUGAAUCAUGUAAGAAGGAAAAAAAAAUGAGAAUAGUUGGAAGGAAAAGGGGCAGUGUCAGAAGAAAAUGGUGAACAAGGUUAUGUUAAGGCAGUCUUGGUGGGGAAGGGGGGCAAUGUAAUAAGGAAAUUGUAGAGCUAGUUUGAAAAUUUAGUUGUGGUGCCAGGCGGCACGGGUGUUGUGGAAUGAACUAGAUUGAAAAUUGUGUAUCCAUGAAGAUUAGGAUAAGAAGCUAUGUUACAAGUAUCUAAUAGGUGACAAUACAUAUUACAUACAAUACUGGUAGCGGUGACAUUAUUAGUCUUAGCGGUCUAAGUUGGUAAAGUGAUGAUGGUGGUGGGAGCUGUGGAGUCGUAGCAGUUCUGCUAUAGUGAAGGUUGUAGCUAUGGAGGGGGAAAUAGAGAAUGGGACGGUGUAAACAUGGUGAUGGUGAUGAAAUGUGUGAGAAAGAAAAAUGUGACUCAUUAUAUAGUUUGCAUUUUCUUCCCAAUUGGGAAGAAAAUUGUUUUUGCUUCUUCAACUAUGGCAUACAACUUCUUUGUCGUUUUUACUUGAUUUUAGAGGGAAAGGGAAACAAAAGUAGUAUAGUGCAAAUGCAGCUUGAUAUGUUUAACUGAACAAUACUUUGCAUACAUUUAUCUACGGUUACAAAUCUGGUCUUCAUCUAGCCAAUAUGCGUAUUGGGCUCAACUACAUCUAUGGUUAUUGCAAUUUGACUCGCAUGAGCUAUCCUUUCUAUUGACAAAAUUCUUAAGUUGCAGGUUAAGGAUGUAUGCCGGUUCUUCUACCACCAGUGACCAUGUAAGGGCUAACUGGACUCCAUCACAAGACAGUUUCUUCAUUGACCUUAUGCUAGAACAAUAUGAUACAGAUAUUCUGAAAAAUCGAUACAAAAGAUUGAGGAAGCAGUACAGCGAGAUGAAGAGUCUUGUUGAUCAGGGAGACUUUAGAUGGGAUGAAACGCAACAGAUGAUAACAGCUGAUGAUAAUGUGUGGAAUAAUUAUAUCAAGGCCCACCCUGAAAUGCAACCGUACAGAACAAAAGUCAUUUCACAUUAUAAUGAGCUGUGCAUAAUAUGUGGCCAUGCAGUUGCUGAUGGAAGAUACAGUCUUUCAUGUUAUGAUGUGGACUUUGAGAACGAAGCAAGAGGAAUGGAAUUUCAAGAUCCCACUGAUGCUGAUCCUAAAAAAAUUGACUGGUCACAGAUUAUGGACCAAUUUUUCAUUGGACUAAUGUUGGAUGAGGUGUGCAAAGGGAAUAAGGUUGGUUGCACUUUCAAGAAGAAAUCAUGGAUUACCAUGAUCACAUGCUUUAAUGAGAAAUUUGGGUUUCACCAUGGUAGGGCUGUAUUGAAAAAUCGGUACAAUGUCCUCAGGAAACAUUACAGUAGCGUUAAUGCCCUGCUUGAUCAAAAGGGUUUUACUUGGGAUGAAACACAACAAAAGGUGGUAGCUGAUGAUCCGGUUUGGAACAAAUAUAUAGAGGCACAUCCCAGUUUCCACAUGUACAGAAAUAAAGCUAUGCCAUAUUAUUCCGAUUUGUAUGUCAUAUGUGGAAAUGAGGCUAGACUUUUGAAAAAUGGUCCAUCAAGCUGCAAUCGAGCUCUUGACAAGGGAACCGUUGCUAAGAAAAUUGACGGAGAUGCUACACCUAUUGUUGACAAACAAAAUGUUCAGAAAAAAGCAUUGGGUUCAAGUGAUGUCAAGAAUUUAUCAGAUCAAAAGGAAGGACAGAGUCAUGAAGUCACACAAACCUUACAACAGUCUAAGAAACCACAAAGAACCGAUGGAUUUGCAGCCAAAGCUCUAGGGGAUAUGGCAGUUGCAGAGUCACCGUUGAAGAAGAAACUGAAGAAAGAGGCAUCUGUAUCCAUAGAGAAAGUUAUUGAUGUCUUAAAGGCUAUACCGGACAUUGACGAUGAUUUACUGCUGGAUGCCAUUGACCUUUUGGAGGAUGAGAAGAGAGCCAGGAUGUUUUUAGCAUUGCACCCCGCUCUGCGAAAGAAGUGGUUGAUGAGAAAGCUACGUCCACAGUGAUCCAUCUUUCUUCCUCCUCCGAUUACCUUUACAAGUGUAUAGUUUUGUAUCUCAUAAGUCGUUAGUUGGACACAUUGAACAAUGCUAGCAAUAUUUGUAGAAAGAGCUCCUUGCUAUACAAUUAUACUUGCUUUUGCUUCAA